UAAUAUGUUUGGCCCGUUUGGCCUCUAGGUCAGAGAUUUCUCUAUUUAGGUCUCCACUCUUGAGGUUUUGCUUCGAGGCAGACGCUUUUGGUGCAUCGGUAGAAUGGCGAUGACAACAACUCAGGUUAAGGGCAGUGGCUGGCCGAGACGAGCAAGUAAUAGCUCAUUCGAAGGCAAACCAGUAGUCAAUCCAUCAGUCACCAUCAAUAGAACAGUGAAUUUAUAUCCAUUAAAGAAUUACACCUUUGGAACGAAGGAACCCUUGUUCGAGAAAGAUCCCUCUGUUCCAGCUAGAUUUCAACGUAUGAGAGAUGAAUUCGAUAAAAUUGGUAUGCGUCGAAGUGUAGAGGGUGUACUUCUCGUUCACGAGCACGGAUUACCCCACGUUCUGUUACUCCAACUGGGUACGACGUUUUUCAAAUUACCUGGAGGUGAGCUGAACGCUGGUGAGGACGAGGUGGAGGGCUUAAAACGACUUUUGACUGAAGCCUUGGGUCGUCAGGACGGAGUAAAACAAGAGUGGCUCAUAGAAGACACGAUUGGCAACUGGUGGAGACCGAAUUUUGAACCCCCGCAAUAUCCAUACGUGCCACCUCACGUCACAAAACCGAAAGAGCACAAGAGAUUAUUUCUAGUACAACUACAGGAAAAAGCCUUUUUCGCUGUCCCCAAGAAUUAUAAACUAGUAGCUGCUCCACUCUUUGAAUUAUAUGACUAUUCUCAAGGAUAUGGACCGAUAAUUUCGUCAUUGCCGCAGUCCCUGUGCCGAUUCAACUUUAUUUACAUGUGAAUUCCCUCAUAAAAAUUCCAUCAUGAUGACGUUACGAUGAAUUGUGUUUAAUUUAAGUGAAUCAGAAGAGAAAAAAAAACUACAGUGUGAAAAAAUGUACAAUAUGUGGAUGUAUGAACGUGCGUGGUUGACAAUGUUUUCGCUACAUUGUACUGCUCUUUGCAUAUGGAGUAUAUAAUCAUUUAUAUAGAAUAAAAUAGAAUAAAAUCGUAUUUUGACAGUGCCCA